AUUCUUGUUGAGAUUUAAAAACACGUUUAAGUGAAUUUAAUUUCUUGUUGUGAUUUGUUUAAUUGUUUUCAUUGCAAUUCUUUUAAUUCUUUGUCUUAUUUAAUUGUUAAGUGUUAAUUUUGUUCUGAUUGAAGAUGACAAAAGGAUUUCAUAAUAAACAAAGUAAGCGUAUGCUUGCAAAAAGAAGGUACAAAGUUGAGAAAAAGGUUAGAGAUCAUAAGAAAAAGUUGAAAAAAGAGGCAAGAAAAUCAAACCUACGAAGGCGACAACCUAAAGAUCCUGGAAUACCCAAUAGUUUACCUUUCAAGGAUGAGGUUAUUAAAGAAAUGCGUAGUUCCGUUGCUAGAGAGAAAAAUUCCCGUUCAGCUGCUCGAGAGGAAUUGAAAAAAGUUCGAAAACAAGGUAAAGAGACUGAAUUCUUUCGAUCUCGUGGUAUUUUCGACAAGAAAGAUAGACUCUUUUUGCUGAAGAAGCAAAUUCUAGACGCUGCCAAAGCUGUUCCAAAGCCAUCAGCAAGUGGAUCACAAACUUCUUCUACUCCAUCGACAAGUGAACCAUCAACUUCAACAUCUUCUCUUUCAAAUUUAAAAAAUUAUCACAAAGAAUUUCAGAAAGUCGUCGAAGCUUCCGAUGUACUCAUUGAAGUUCUAGACGCUCGUGAUCCACUUGGCACUCGAUGUCCUGACGUUGAAAAGGCUUUAAUUGCCUCAGGAUCGGAGAAAAGGUUAAUUCUCCUUUUAAACAAAGUUGAUCUGGUUCCGAAAGCCAACCUGGAGAAAUGGAUUAAAUAUCUUAAAAACGAAUUUCCAACUUUACCAUUUAAGGCCAGUACACAGAAGCAGAAAAAUCAUUUAUCCAGAAACAAGAAAAGUGUAAUGCAAACAACGGAAGGACUUUUAUCCUCUUCGAAAGGAUGUGGAGCAGCAGAACUAUUAAGUUUAUUAAAGAAUUACUGUCGGAGCGAAGGAAUAAAAAAAUCGAUUACCGUUGGUGUUGUUGGAUUACCAAAUGUUGGUAAAAGCUCUGUGAUCAAUACUCUCAAGUGUAAUCGAGCUUGUAAUGUUGGUGCUAUUCCUGGUGUCACCAAAGUCGCUCAGAAAGUUGUUCUAGAUAAAAACAUCGAUCUAUUUGAUUGUCCUGGUAUCGUUUACGCGAGUGCCAAACAUUUUAAGAAUGUCAUUGAUAACGACAAGACUUUGGCUUCUGUUCUUGCUCUUAGAAAUAGUAUUCCCUUUGAUCAAUUAGAUGAUCCCGUUCAACCAGUUGAAGCGAUUCUUAGUCGGAUUAAGAAAGAGGACUUGAUGAUCUUGUACGUGUUACCAGACUUUACCGAUUCAUCUGAUUUCUUAGCUAAAAUUGCAAGAAGAUUUGGUUUCCUUAGGAAAGGAGGAAUUGUUGAUACUGAAGCAGCAGCAAAGAAAAUUCUUAACGAUUGGAAUUCUGGUAAAAUAAAAUAUGUCACCGAACCACCGGAAAAAUAUGAGAUGUCUUCUCAUGUUAGUGCUGAAAUUGUAUCCAAAAUGAGUAAAGGAUUUGAUAUCGAUGCUUUGAUCGCUGCUGAUGAUGAAGAAAUGGCCGACGAUGAUGAUGGCGAUUCAGGAGCGGGUGAUGAAGAGGAGGAAGAAGAGGAUGAUGAUGAAGGCGAAGAUGAUGAAGAUGAAGAUGAAGAUGACAUGAUUGAUGAAGAAGAUGAUGUAGAUGAUGAUGAAGAUGAAGAUGAUGAAUGAUCAAAUUAAUCUCUUUUUAAUCAUCUAACAGGCUUCAUCUUGUCAAUCUCCUAAAUCUUUAAAUGUAUCAUCACACUUGUAAAUCUAAAUAUUGAACAAUAAUCAAUAUAACAAUCUUUGUAUUAUGAUUAUUGAGGUGAUAAAUUAAAAUAUUUUCGGAUUAAUUUCCUUAAUUAUCUGAUAAA